CGGGAACAGGACCAGGACCAGGACCAGGACCAGGACCAGGACCAGGACCAGGACCAGGACCGGGACCAGGACCGGUGCUCCCAGUGCUCCCAGUGCUUCCAGUGCUCCCAGUGCUUCCAGUGCUUCCAGUGCUCCCAGCGCUCCCACCAUGAGCGUGCAGCCCCGGAGGAUCCGUCUGAAGCCCUGGUUGUUGGCUCAGGUGAACAGCGGCAGGUAUCCCGGUCUGCAGUGGCUCAGCUCAGAACACCGACUCUUCCAGAUCCCAUGGAAACACGCGACACGGCACACGGUGGGGCCGGCGUCCGACGAGGAGAACACCGUGUUCAAGGCGUGGGCUCUGGAGACGGGUAAAUACCAGGAAGGCGUGGACGAACCCGAGCCGGCCAAGUGGAAAGCAAACCUCCGCUGCGCUCUGAACAAAAGCAGAGAGUUCCAGCUGAAAUACGACGGAACCAAAGAAACUCCAGUCCAACCGUACAAAAUCUACGAAGUCUGUGAGCAGAGCGGGACCACAGAUGCAGCUGAUGAUGAAGACGAGGAGAUGCCCAAUCUGAUGGACCUCACAAUCAACCCCAGGAUCAGUGACCCCCCCUCCUUCGGCUCCUUCCCGGCACACUCAGAGGCAGCGUUUGAACAUAUGAUCCCCAUGACCUCUGACCUCCGGGCUCAGGGGAGCUUCGUCCAUCCUGCAGGACUCUCCAACGGACUCCAGGACCGGGACUCCCUGCCCCCCCCGGCAGUGUCUACUCCCCCCGGGGCGACACUGAUGGAGGCUAGCAGCAUGGGGGACGUCCAGAACCACCAACCCUGCAAGUACGACCUGCUGAGCAGCGUCCCACUAACGGAUCUGGACCUACGGUUCCAGUAUCGGGGCCGGACGGCGGGCUCUCUGACCGUCAGUAACCCUCAAGGCUGCCGGCUUUACUACGGACACCUGGAGCCGACCCCGGAGCAGGUGGACCUGUUUGGACCAGUCACCCUGCAGCAGGUCCUGUUCCCUGGGACGUCUGAGGUUCAGAACCAGAAGCAGAGGUUCUACACCGAGGCCCUGCUGGACGUCAUGGACCGCGGGCUGAUCCUGGAAAUCUGGGAGCAAGACAUCUACGCUGUCCGCCUCUGUCAGUGCAAAGUCUUCUGGUCCGGACCCGGCAUGCCGGAGCUCGGUCCACCGAACCCCCUGGAGCGGGAAAAGAAGGUCAAGGUGUUCAGCCUCAAUGACUUCCUGCAAGGGCUGAUCCUGUUCCAGAGAGGGGAAACCCAGAACCCUCCACCCUUCGAGAUCUACUUCUGUUUCGGGGAGGACUGGCCCGACAAGAAACCCAAAGAGAAGAAACUCAUCAUCGUCCAGGUUGUUCCCGUAGUGGCGCGGAUCCUGACAGAGAUGUUCUCUGGAGAACUCAGCUGGUCCACCGACAGCAUCCGUCUGCAGAUCUCAAACCCUGACGUGAAGGACCAGACGGUCGAGCAGUUCAAGGAGCUGCAGAGGCUCCUGCAGAGCCAACACAUCCAGGGGCCCUGGACCCCCGACGUCCCCUGAUCCACAGAUCUAGGGGCCCCUAGACCCCCGACGUCCCCUGAUCCACACAUCCAGGGGCCCUGGACCAGUGACGUCCCCUGAUCCAGGGGCCCUGGGCCCCCGACGUCCCAUGAGUAAUGACAAUUACUCUGAACAUUUUCCAGAAAAAAAUCGGUUUUAAACUUUUCACUUAAGUUAGAAAACUAGUUGAUCUCAGGUCAGAUUUAAUGGAAGUGAAUUUCAUCAGAAACGUGUUGAAGGACUGAAGUCUGUCUCAUAUCUGAACUCAUCUACACUGAUGUGAUCAGCUGUAGACGAAACAAAGUAUUAUAAAGGUAUUGUUAAAUCUUAAAAACUCAGAUCUCCUUUAACCUGCGACAUGUUCAAAGACCAUAAAGUUUACUGACUUAUUGUAAGUCGUCUUGCAUAAAAGCGUCUGCUAAAUGACUGUAAUGUUAUGUAAAUGUAAUUAAGUGUACUCUGGAUUUCAAUAAAAACUACUGCAGUAUUCU